AUGUCUGGAACGGAGGGGCCUGGCAGCGGCGGGCUUCGUCUCUGUGGCCCCAAGAAUUACAUGGGUGAUGAUAAGGAUGGUGUCUUUGAUGCAGUAUUCAUGAUACCUUACAAGCACAUCGACCUCAGUAAGGAGCAAGCUUACGAAGUCAUUAUCGUACCAACUGGCGCCACGGGAUCAUCAUCCAUCAAACGAGAGUAUCCGCAGAUGAUAUCGUUCACCUGGCCCGAAAAGAAAGCGGAUAAAGAGUUGGGCGGCACAGUUGGUGAGGCCGCAGAUGGCAAGAAGGACACCUACAGCACCGUGCUCAAGCAGGUCCUAAACGACCAGCUGAAGGCUUUCGACAAGGAGGUCAUUGACCCCGGCGAGGACCCUCAUGCGAAACUGAUGGUAGGCGAGGAGGUGACUCUCUCACCACCGUCAGAUGCAAGAUUCAAAUCCGACGUUGACGGACGCAUCCGCUUCUUGAAUGAAGGCAUUCUUUUCACCGCGGAGACGCAGAGGCUGUUCCUUCCCUUCAAUUCCUUGGAGAACGUCAUGCUCAUACAAGCCCGCGUCGGCAAGGGGAAGACUGUUGGACUGAGUCUGGUCUGCAGUGCCACUGAGCCGUUCUACAAAGACGAGGAGGAAGGUGGUAGUAAGACCAUGAUGAAGUUCCGUGGCAUUGAUUAUUCACUGAUGGAUGGCCUCGAGGAGUAUAUGAAGGCACACGAUAUCCAGGUUAUGCUUUGUGAGCAGUCCUUCUAUGAUUACAAGAAGGACAAGCCGAUGACUGGAUUCAUGCCGCUGAUGAGAUGA